AUGGCUAGGUCAAGAACACCACCUCUGAAGUCAUGGAUGAUUGCUGUGAUUGUGUUAGCAACGUUGCUGGUCUUAGCCACUGCCAUUGGCUUGCUCGUGUAUUUUUUGAUAUAUGAUCAGAAGGUAUUAUUUUACAAUGCUUCCUUUAGAAUCAAUAAUGUGCAAUACCAGCCUAGCUUUGAAAAACAGACAUCAGCAGAAUUUAGACAACUAAGCACAAGCAUUGAGACUUUGAUUAAACAAGCAUUCCAUGCUACUCCCUUAGAGAAAAGGCUAAUUAAAUCACGUGUUGUCAGGCUAAGCCCAGGGAAUGGAGGUGUCCUGGCAGAUGUGGUGCUGAUAUUUAAGUUCAUUGCCACAGAUAAUAAAGAGAUACUUUGGACAAAUGUUUAUUAUAUUUUGCUGAAAAGGCUGAAGGUAUCAACAUGGCCCUUAAGUAUUGACCUUUCUUCUUACAAGCUCUCAGAGAUAAAUGCAGAAAAUGGUGCAAAUCUUCUCAACAGUUGUUGUGGGACACGACUGGACAGAUCUGUGGAGAGAAUCUAUGGAGGUACCAUUGCAGGGGAAGGGGAAUGGCCCUGGCAAGCUAGUCUCCAGCUGAAUGGCAUUCACCGUUGUGGAGCAACGCUGAUCAGUAAUUCCUGGCUUGUGACUGCUGCUCAUUGUUUUAGAAGUGUCAGGGAUGUCAGAAGGUGGACAAGUAGUUUUGGGGCUCGUAUAAGACCUCCAACAAUGAGAAGGAAUCUUCGCCAGAUCAUCAUUCAUGAACAUUAUGCCAAUAAUGUAAUGAACCAUGAAUUUGAUAUUGCUGUUGUGCAGAUUUCACCCCCAGUGGAAUUUACAACUGCUGUACAUCGUGUUUGUCUUCCAGAGGCUUCAUAUAUCUUUCCAGAAAAUACCACUUGUGUGGUUACAGGAUAUGGUGCUCUGAGGGACGACGGUCCCAGUGUUGGUGAACUUCGUCAAACAGAAGUGAAAAUUAUAGGCAAUGAAAUUUGCAACAGAAGGGAAGUGUACAAUGGAGCCAUUUCACCUGGAAUGGUCUGUGCUGGAUACCUGGAAGGAGGGAGCGAUGCUUGCCAGGGUGACUCUGGUGGACCAUUGGUGACACCUGAUUCAAGAGGAAUAUGGUACCUUGUUGGCAUAGUAAGCUGGGGAGAUGAAUGUGCUAAGCCAAAUAAGCCUGGAGUCUAUACACGAGUUACUUACUAUCGAGACUGGAUUGCUCUCCAUACAGGAGUCUGAAAUAAUGAGAAGGAGUAACUUCAUAGUUAAUGUGUGAGAUCCAAUCUCUGUGGACUACUUAUAAAUAUUUUUCUUACAAAGAGUCCCACUGCUUUGGUAGAUUCUGGUUUCUGAGUAAGAAUUUGUUUUUCUGCUGGAGGCAUCAACACUAUUCCUUUCCACAUUGUUCCAUAUCCAGCAGUCUCAUUAUAUUAUCAACACUGUUCAGGUCUUAUACAAGAAGAUGGAUAGAUUGAAGCAUUUAUCUGCAGCCAGCAAAAGACUUUUGUUUGUAGUUCUUUAUGAUUCCCAUCCUUAAAAUGAUUGUACUGUUGGAGCCUGCUUGAUUGCAUUGAAUGUUCCACUUUCCCAACUGUUUUGAUAAUUUGGCCAAUCUUUUUUUUUGCUUGUUUGUUUUUAGUGCAUGCUACUAUUCAAGGAGAAUUGCUGCAUAAUCUCUUCCAGGGACUGGGAGUACUCAAAUAUACUGUAUACAGUAACUCUUUUACAACUAUCUUGCAAGAAUGGAGAGGAUUCUUGGGCAAAGGGUAUUCCAUGGUCCUCCUUAAUUCAUGAACACUGGAAAGGGUCAUGCCACGCAGACUGAGAACGUAUUGAAGUGAUGAUCAGUUAGUUUGUAUCAGUCUAGAUAUCAUAUUUACCCAGGUUCACAAAAAGUUCUUGGAGGGACCUGUGAAGAUCAAAGCUGCAAAAUGCAAUUACUGAUCUUCUUAAAAUAAUUAUAUACUUCAUUCUGAAAAUGUUGGCAACUUUUCAGUGGCCUUCUCCAAAUCUGGUACCCUCCAGUAGUUUUAGACCGCAACUCCCAACAUUGCUAGACCAUUUUGAGAAGGCAGAAUGAGAAACAUCUAGUAUUCAGUCAAUUAAAACCAAAGUCCAUUUACUUGGAGAGGGAAGGGGAAAUUUAGUGAGGAAAAUGUGAGUUGCUGUAAUGAGUUAAUUUUUAUUAUAAAUAAAAAUUCCAGUUUUUUAUUUAUAAUUCACUUUGGUUAGAAGAU